CGGGGUCGUUUUAUUUUGGGCGGUCUCCUAGUGCUCACGGCUCGCAGACUUAUCUCGCCAACAGGGGCUUCUAUGUAAACUGAGGCUAAACAAAUACAUAUGAACCUCUGAGUCCGGGCGCAUUUACCAAAAUUGCUGGCAAUGCUGCAUGGCUCCAGAAGCCACUGGGAGUCCAAGAGAGCAACACGCAUCUGCUUAAGCUGUCUGCUUUGGAUUUUAACAUCUAACAUGGGCUUGAGCACGGACAGACAGUGUCUAGCUGAGUGAUUGCAAGACAGAAGCGUUUUCUUUGUGGAAUAGCCUGGGGUAAUCAGCAAAGGUUAACGUUUCUCUUGGACUGGAACUAUUGCGAUCAUUUGAAAUGAAGGACCCACAUCUUCUUGAUGAUGGCAACUGGAAGACACUCAACGUAAAGGAAGUGUCUAUGAAUAAAAAGUUCAAGCGCAAAUCACGGGAGCCAGUAAAACGUGUUACUGAGGUAAGAAGUUCUAAAGAUGACUCUAAUUCGGACGAAGACUCGAAUUCGGACCCUAUGGACAGCACUUUUGUUUUUAACAGUCAGAAAAGGCUACAAGCCAUUGCUUCUGUCGUCAGUGGAGAGCACAUUGGGCAGUUGGGAAUUUCGGACACGGCUCUUGAUAUGCGGAUAAAUACAUUGCCUGCAAUCAGCGGUAGGGUCAGUGCAUCGCAACCCCAAUCACUGUCUGAAAUAGCUUCUACUAAGGACACAAUUCAGGCGACAUUCCCUCAAGUUGUUGGCUUUGACAAUCAGCAGGUUUUUCCUCGCGAACAGAGUUUGCAGUCUCGUGUUGUCCUGUGCCAGCGCUCAGAGCGACCGCUAUCCUCCGCCUCACAGGCGUCUUACAUGAAUAACAACGAGCCGUCGGAAUCGCCGAGGAAACGGCUGGGAGAGGCGUCUGGCGUCGUCACUGAGAUCAAAGCCAUUCAGCAGACACGGAGAUUGCUGGCAAAUGCCAGAGAGAGGACCCGGGUGCAUACCAUAAGCGCAGCCUUUGAAGCACUUAGAAAACAGGUGCCCUGCUACUCCUAUGGGCAGAAGCUCUCCAAGCUGGCUAUAUUAAGAAUAGCCUGCAACUACAUCCUGUCCCUGGCUCAACUUGCAGAACUGGACUACACCCCGGACCACAGCAACAUGAGCUUCAGAGAGUGUGUGGAGCAGUGCACCCGCACACUACAGGCCGAAGGGCGCUCCAAGAAGAGGAAGGAAUGAAAUGAAGAAUGGAUCUCUAAUGGCAUCAGAAGGAGCGGGGAGGAUUUAACCUUAGGAGACUGCAAAAGAAAGACGUCACUCAGCUCAAUACUUGCGGUCACCUCCAUACUUCCUCAGAGAUCCUCCAUGUCACCAUGGAGAUGAAUGUAGCAAGCACUUUGUCAAAUGAGAAGAAGCUGUUGUGGUCUUGAUGUUAAUUAUCUUUAGAGGACAAUAGCACCAUACAUUGGAUGUUUACUAUGUACGAUCAUCCUGGACUGCCCAUUACCAAGUGUUGGGAUUAAGCAACUGAAGGCAUCUGAUGCUAAAGUAGCCAAAAGACUGUAUAUUAUGUUGCAGAGGUGACAUCAUCAUUGUGGGUGACAAAACCCUGCCUUAAACUCAAACCAUGGACAAGAACGCAUAACUGAGUCAUAGAUGGAUUACAAUACAAAACAUCGAAACUGCCUUAUAAAACUGACUAUAUCAUAUAUAAUAGAUAUACUAGACAGCUUUUGUUUUAUUUUAUUUUAUUUUAUUUUAGAAAAUUGAAGUUGCUCAGCUUGGAUUGGAGUCUCCCAUCUGUAAUCUGAUACUCUGACAAUCAGUUCAAUCUGCACAAUCACAGUGAUGAAGACACCGCAGACAUACGAGGGAACACUCUGUAAUGUGAAGAUAAUUUAAAAAGGAUCAUUUGUUUUAACUAAUGUUAAGCAUUUAAAAAACCUGAAUAAACAUACAGUAUAUGUACAUUAAAAAA